GGUCAGAGGCACGAUGGCUCACGAGGCAGCCUUCAACACUGACACAUCUCCACAACUCAAAUGUAUACUGUUCCGAUGGAGACCAUCGACGCAUCAACCUGGGCUCAUCUCAGCGAUGUUAACAACUCUGGAGCCCAUCACGCCUCUGAAGCGACCGCUGGCUGGACCGGCCUAGGAAUGUCUAGUCUAUUCGACCGCUCUGGGAGAGUCUCAACGGCCUUGUGCACCGCCCUCUGUCCAUUUCUUUCUUCAUCUCCUCCCGCCAUCCUCUCACUGCUGCAGGCUGGUCCUUCCCUUCUUUCCUUCCACAGAGCCAAGCUCGUCAUCGCUCCUUCGAACGCACUCUCAAGACGCACAGAUUAAGCAUGGAUCGCUCUUCCCCCGAACGCAGUCAUCUUCAACGCAACAAGACUGAACGCUGGCGACUGCAAGGUCUUCAGCAGAUCGAUGCAUCUUCCACUCUCCCAGCGGUGCAACCGAACGCAGUCUCGACAUGGAGUGUGUGGCUCAUUAACGAGGGCCAGCGCAAGAUCUUCUUUGCCGUCUUCAUCAUCCUACAUCUCGUCGCACUCAUCUUGGGGGCCCUUCACUACAGCCUCAAGGACAACUUGUUUGGGGCCCGCGCUGAAUUUGGGCCCACAUUCGAUGCCGCUGCAGUCAUCGCCCGGUCGGCAGCUGUUCUUCUGCAUAUUGAUGUCAUCUUCAUCUUGUUCCCCGUGUGCCGCAACUUCGUUUCUGUGCUCCGCCGCACGCCGCUGGGAACUAUCAUUCCGUUUGAUGAGAACCUGACGUUGCACAAGGCAACCGGUUGGUCCAUCGUCAUCUGGUCGCUUGUGCACACACUCGCCCACGUCGUCAACUUAUACCGGCUCACGAAAGCCGACACCUCGCUCAAGACUAUCGGCGCGCGGGUCGCUUUCUUCCUGUACGCCAACAUCAUCAUCGGGCCGCUCUGGACGGGCUGGGUGAUGUGGGUCUGCCUUGGUGUCAUGGUGUGGUAUGCGAUGGAAAAGCGGCGCCGUCUGCCCAACGGUGGCUUUGAGAAGUUCUGGUAUACGCACCAUCUUUUCAUCCCAUUCUUCCUCUUGUGGCAGCUCCACGGCAUGUUCUGCAUGAUCAAGCCUGAUCGUCCCCCUUACUGCUCGUACCAGACCAUCGGCGUGUUCUGGCGAUACUGGAUCGUCGGCGGUCUGAUCUGGAUCUAUGAGCGUAUCUUGCGUGAAGUCCGCUCGCGACACACGACGUACCUGUCCAAGGUGAUCCAGCAUCCCUCGAAUGUGAUGGAGCUGCAGAUCAAGAAGGAGAAGACAACGACAUUGGCAGGGCAGUACAUCUUUGUCAAUUGCCCCGAGGUCUCGUAUUGGCAAUGGCAUCCAUUCACGUUGACCAGUGCUCCUCAGGAAGACUAUAUCUCUGUCCACAUUCGCGUUGAGGGAGACUGGACGACAGCCAUGGCCAAGGCCGUUGGGUGCGAUUUCCCGAAGCGGGGUGAAGGCUCCGCGUCUGAAAGCAAGGUCGUGCAACCUCCAGUCAGCCGGGCUAUGCCGCGGGUCAUGGUCGACGGUCCGUUUGGGACCUGUUCUGAAGAGUUCUUGAACUACGAGACGGUUCUACUUGUUGGCGCUGGAAUCGGUGUCACACCAUUUGCCUCCAUUCUUAAAGCUAUCUGGUAUCGCAUGAACAACUUUGGCGGGGCAAAGCCCACUCGACUGUCGAAGGUGUAUUUCACUUGGGUGAUCCGCGACUUUGGCACCGCCGAAUGGUUCCACUCGCUUCUGCAAGCGAUCGAGACGCAGGACACGCAGAAUCGGAUCGAGAUCAACAUCUACCUGACCCAGAAGAUCAAGGAGGACGAUAUGAACAACAUUAUCGUGCACGACGUUGGUGCUGAGAAGGAUGCGAUAACUUCUUUGCGGGCUCCAACCCACUUUGGACGACCGAAUUGGGACAAGAUCUUCGCGUCCAUCAGCCAGAAACACCCCGAAUCCGACGUGGGAGUCUUUUUCUGUGGUCCGGCGUCUAUUGCCAAUGCGCUUGGCGAAAAGUGCAACGCAUACAGCAACCCGGAUGGCACGCGGUACUUUUUCGGCAAAGAGAACUUCUAGACGCGUCUGGGCUUGGGUUCCUGCAUCUCCAUCCGCUCAUAUACAUAUUGUUUAUAGUGAUAACUUAUGGGAUCUAUUGCACUUGGAGACAACUACUACACGCUGAGAUUGCACGUUCUUUCUGCUGCAAAUGGUGGCUUGCAGGGGUCGACAAUACUAUGACUAGCUAUUCGAGGCAGAAGGUUGAUUGUCUAGAUAGAUGACGACGCAUCAUAGCGGGAUGACCACUUCACACAAGAUGGGACAUAUAUGUAGGUAGCGGAUAUGUGAUGGGAAAAACGACGAAAUGUAGUAGGAUAACAAGAAAAGUCAAGGUAAGGGUUUCUGGAGAGGGAAGUACACGCGCUGGAUACGCUAGUUCCUACCUGUUCAACUCCGCAGAUAGAGGAUGUGCUGAGGAUCGACCCGACCAAACUUUCGGAUCCCUUCACACUACCGUCGUUUCGUCGAGCCGUGUCGUCCAUCUGCAUCGAUCUCGCAACGGAACUCAAGCUGCAGGUCUAGACACUGCAUCGCGCCGCAAGUUGAGACCCGAUGCCCCGUAUCUCUGAGCCAUUGCUGCACCUUCAUGUUCAUCUGCUUCUGCGCCAUGCAAAGCUCGCUACGCCCGACGUCUACGUGUGUUGCAAUAGUCCAGGCUGGAGAUGAGGCACCCGUGAAGUCCGGUAUCUAGCUUCAGGCCGGUCUGUCGUCCCUCGCAUCCUCGAACGUCGGUCGCUACGAGCAGAGACGAUCUGUCAAGACAUUCACAUCCGACAGUACACUCCUAAGCCGGCCAUGUGUCAGGAUGCAUGCUGUUGUCAAGCGGAAGGGAAAGUGCGAUAGGGAGCCCACUGCCCUCGCUGGGGACGGGGAAAACGCAUAUUGUCCAGACACCUUCAUAACCGGAAGCCCUUCGUUGUCUUGGAUGACAUGCGGAUCCGAGAAUGAUAGACGUGUGAACUACGCGGACUUCGGCCAGAGUCUCUGCAAGUCAAGUGCAAGCCGGGGCGAUGGUGUAAACGAUGCUUGUACUGACGGAUGAACACAAGAAACACAGUAAAUGCGGACACGACGAACAGAUCGGUGACCAGUUUGAGAUCGAGUCUGCACAAGGAACACUCGAAGGUCGUAAGAGGGGCUUCGGAUCAAGGACUCUGGACGCAGUUGCUACAUGAGGCGACGGAAAUCCUGGGACAGUUCUUCUGCGAAGGGGGUCUGGAGCCCAGAGAAAGAGCCGAAGAAGGGCGGAAGAAUGUGCCGGCUGUGUGCCGACACCAGCGCUGCCGCUUCACCCCAUCUGACUUGGCCGAGCUGGAUCAGACGUUCCUGCGUCAGUCCAGAUCGUCGCUGCCCGGAGUUCCACGGCACUGCAGCUCAGGCUGUUCGCACGGCUUGGUGUCCGAUCCCUUUGCAUGUCACGAUCCGUCAUCACUCUGUUCGGAGAGCGGGAGAUCGCGUGCAGACUGUCCAUCUUCUCCUGGUGCGAUUAGGAUUUCCUGGCGUCAAGGUCAUCGUCUUGAACCCGAAAGGUCCCGACGGUCGACAUCCGCCUAGAUAAUGUAGACUAUCUCUGCUGGUGGAUAUGGAUGACCACAUCCGUUGUAUCGAUACUGGCACGGUACUAGGGUCCAUGAGGUACGACGGCGAUUCGGGCCUUUACUCGCGUUCAAUGACCCACGCAAGCAAAAGCGUAUCCAGAGAUUAUUGGAUGGCACCAAGAAUUGAGGACAGCGGUUGGGUGACGCUGGGGAACAUGGGAAAUAGGUCGAGAUCAGGCAGGAUGGCCGAUGUUGUCGGAGAGAGCUCUCGCACGGAAGACGUCAAGCGCUCGAGGGAAGAUGAGUUUAGUGCUAGUGGAGCUGAUGUGAAGGAGAAUAGCUCCUCGGGAGAAUGAGAGGCCGCCAUGCGCUAACAUUCAUGCGCUUGAGAUAAUAAGAAAGGAUACGAUGCAAGUCCAUAUGGUCUGGGGCGAGCAGAUCGACAGGCGUGCUUCGAAAGGCCGAGCAUGACUGGCUUGUGAGAAGCUUCAUUGUUCGUCCCAUGGGGGCAUUGUAUGAGUACGUCGUCAGCAGAUGGAGGGGAGAGGAUAUCCUGAUCUGGAGGGCGUCUCGUCGAAAGCCUUGACUGAAAUCGGCGACGGCCCAGCUGAUUGAGUAGGUACAGCCUGUUCUGCACCGUAUUUCGUUUAAGUGACUGGCUGAGCUGGAGACGAUCCCUCUGAAGAUGAUGUUGAUUAGGGAGUCUCGUCAAGUCGAA